GGGGUUUUUGCAGUCCACUUUUGGGCUCCAACGUUCAAAUGGGGGAUCACCGUUGCAAAUAUUGCCGACUUCGUUAAACCUCCUGAGAAACUUUCGUAUCCUCAGCAGAUAGCUGUAACAUGUACUGGAAUCAUAUGGUCUCGCUACAGCACAGUUAUCACUCCGCGGAUUAUAACUUCGUCUGCAUUGGAUUGAUUUGCGUUGAAAGUAAGCUUAAGCAGCGGAAGUUUUCAGUAUGCUUCAUUGCUUCCCAGAAAGCAAAGACAUGAUUCUAAACCAAACAGCAUUAACAUGGUUUUGUUUUGGCCGAUAGAGUGUUAGUUUUGUUAUUGAGUUGUUUUAGCUAUACUCGGUCUGUAAAACCACCGUCUUAAUAGUUGGUACUUUCUUCAUCAUCUCACAAUUCUUCUGUAUUUUCAGAAAAACUGGAAUCUGUUUAGCGUAAAUGUGGCAAUGGCUGGAACAGGCAUAUAUCAGCUGUCGCGUAAAUUACGGCAUGAUUACUUUUCUGAAGCCGAGCCUUCCCUUGCUGAAGAAUAACGAUGAAACUUGGCCAUGUUUGGCUGUGCAGGCUCAGGCCCAUGAUGUUCUGUUAUUGGUUGUGUACCAAAGAUAUCGAACUCUGUAAUUUAUUUUUCCAGUUUAAAAGUGGGUUGCAAAGUUUAAUAAGUUCUUGUGUGGUGUUUUGAGAACAUCAAUCUUC